AUGUCGCGUUUUAGCUCGUCUGUUGAGGGACAGACCGAUCCCUACCUACGUCACAUUCAACAGCCGCCUUCACCCUAUCGCUCCAUCCCAAGUCCUGCUUCCAGGACAGCAUAUCAAAUGAUGGCCUCCAGGGGUGCAGCUUCUUCCGCGCCUCUAGCGCCGUCGCGCGAGGAGUUUAUGAAGCUGUCUGAAGAUUUGAAGGGUCAGAUUAACGAUGCGUUUGGAGUCUUUGACGCAGACAAAGACGGCCGGAUCGACUACCACGAGUUCCGCUUCGCCCUGCGAGCCCUCGGCUUCGAGCUCCCCAAGGCCGAGACCUUCAGCCACCUCCAAAAGUACGCCGUGCAGCCAUUGAACUGGGACCCGAAGAGGGAGUGCGGGCCCGUUUUUCGCGAGUUCACCCUGCCCAUCUGGCAGGCCAUAGCGGGCACCCUCGUCGCCAACAGGGAUCCCGUGGAGGAGUGCAGGCGCGCCUUCAAGCUCUUUGACGUGGAGGGCCGGGGCAUCAUCACGGUCGAGGACCUGCGCCGAGUCAUGGACGACCUAGGACAGGCCAUCGAGGAGCAGGAGCUGCAGUCCAUGAUUAGGGAAUUCGAUUCCGAGGGCAAGGGAGGCAUCAACGAGGACGAGUUUAUCAAGAUCAUGUUGAAGAAGAGGGCUUGA